UAAACUUCCUCCCUCCUUUCCUCAUCUCCCCGCGACGCCCGGUUCCCAUAGCAACGCGUCGCCUCGAGAGAGCGAGAGAGCCACCAUGAAGGGAAAAGGGAAGCCCAAAAGCGCGAAGGGAGGGAAGGGCAAGAAGGGCGCCGCCGGCCCCGCCACCGGCAAGGGCAAGGAUGCCAAGAGCCUGAAGGAGGAGUCGGAGGCCGAGCGGGCCAAAAUCGCGGCGGCGCUCUGGGAGGCGCGGCUGGAAGUGACAGAGAUCUCCCGCAAGGAGUACCGCGAUGCCUCCCGGCGCCUGGCCCGCAGCAACGAGGAGCUGGAGCAGAGGGCGAGGCGGCUGGAGAAAGACGCCGUGGAUGUGGUCAGCUUCCUCAAAAGGCAGGAUCUGGAGAAGGAGGACAUGAUUGACAAGCUUAAGCAGCAAAUGAUUGAUUUGAAACAAAAAGCUAAAGAAGAAAAUGAAGAACUGGAAGCACAGUAUAUUAAACAGCUAGAGGAAAUGGAAGAGAAAUUCCACAAAAAAGCUAAGGAAAUUGGUCUAAUUCAAAUUGAACUAAAAAUGAUAAAGGAAUUCCGCAAAAAGAAAGACCUUAUGGAGAAAGAACUUGAAGAGCUAAAAGAAACCUUGGCUAACACAAAAAAAGAACAUCGGGAAACAAUCUCCAUGUUGGAGAGGAAGUUCCUUGAAGAAAAGCAACGCCUUGAAAGAGAAGCAGAGAAAAAGAUUAUAAUGCUGGCAGAACGGGCCCAUCAUGAAGCCAUUGCGCAGCUGGAUAAUGCCGGGAAAGCAGUUUUUAUAGAAAAUGUUCGUCUUCAUGAAGCCCUUGGAUACCACAUGAAGGAAACAGAAGAGUUACAGAAAAUGAACAAAAAAUUGGAGGAGGACAACAACUUUCUUUUACAGGAGAAGGAAACCAAUGAUCUUUUAAUUCGGGAAAAAAUCAUGCAAAAUACUGAACAAAAAGCACAAAUCCAGGAGCUGGAAAGCAGGGUGAAAAAACUGGAAGCUGCAGUUAAUCACAUGGCCAGAGAAUUUAAAACAGAAGUUGAGAAUGUACAACAAAAAGCUUUGGUACAGAACCAAGCAGGUCAGAUAGAAAUUAACAAGCUGCAACAGCUGUUGGAGAUGAAGGACAGAGAGAUGAGCAGAGUGAAGAAACUGGCCAGGAAUAUCUUGGAUGAAAGGACUGAGGUGGAGAAGUUCUUCCUACAUGCACUGGACCAGGUGAAGCAGGAGAUCAUAACCAGCAGGAAGUGUUAUAAGCAAGUGGCUCAAGCUGCAUAUCAGAGAAGAAUGAUGGCAGCAUUUGCCGGGAGAGAGGAAUAUCCCAAGAUCAGGACCUUUAAUGACAAUGAACACAGCACAAAUAGCGUGCAAAUGGACCUUAUGGAAGCAGAGAAAUGGACGAAUAUUCAGAAGGGGAAGGUGGACAUUUCUGAAUUGACUUGGGAGCAAAAGGAGAGCGUGCUGCGAUUGCUCUUUGCAAAAAUGAAUGGCAUGAGACUACGGAAAUACAGCAAAGCUUUGGUUCCUCUAAUGCCAUCCAACUCCCAAGGUGAAGAAACAAAAGUUAGCACUGUUGGUAUGAUCCCUGUCUAUGCUUUCAUCACUCAGCAAGCCCCUGUAUCAGAGUCAGCCUCUCAGAGAAGAUCAUCAGUCCUUCCAGAUAUUCAGGUUAUACCACCGCAGUCAGACUAAGAUUGCUGUUAAUCAUGAAAGAACUGUAGUAAAAAAAAUUUUUACACUUCCUCUUUGGGGCUGUAUUGACUAUGCUGUUAUCAUGACAUUGCCUCCUUUUAUAUGCAACAAAGGUUCUUUCAGUUUAUCUUCAAAGGUAACGGCAUCCUUGUUCUAAAGAACAUCAUUUAUGGUCAGAUAUUUUUCAAAAAAUAUCUGUGAUCUGUGAUAAAUUCACUCAGUUGUUCAGAGAAUUUGCACCAUAUUUUGACAUUUAAAAAACUAAGUGAAAUACAAUCCAAUUCUAUAAAAGUGUUUUGAAUAAAGCAAACUGUGUGAAAGAUAGUGGAAUGGGAAAUGAUAUUGUGGUUUUAUUAUACGCUACAUUGAGAUGAAAUACUAAAUACUUGAUUGAAUUUAACUUCAGUUAAUCUAGCCCCCUCUCAGGUUUGUGUGGUACCUCUUCUCUUUGGGCAUGGGAAAGGUUUCUUUCCCUUAAAGUCAGCAUAGUAUUUUGUCAUGGAUCAUUUAAUACUGCUGUUUCCCCAAAAGCUGACGGGAAUCUGCUGCUUUCCUUAAAAAAAGCUUACUUUUAAACAAUUCCCAUUUCAUAUAAAAGGAACAAGGCACAUUUGAGAGAAAUGAAGAACAUCAAACUUAUUCUCAGAUGUACAAGAGGACAAUGGAAAAACACAAGCCCAGGGAGAUAGACGCCUUCAUUAUAUAGUUCUAAUCAUAGGUCAGUUUUAUGUCCUAAUAUGCCCAAUUUAAUCAUUUGAAAUAAAAUGGUCCAAAAGAACUAACUGUAUUGUAUUAUAUACUGAUGAACAUUGGCAAGUGUUUUGAUUUAACAGCGAUUUUAUUCAUGAUUAAGAGCAGUGUGAGAUUUUCUAGUAUAUGGAUGAAUAACCAUUUCAGCAAAGGAUCAUAUUUAAUUUAAGUACUUGCUGCUUGCAAAAUGGAGACUGUUAGCUGAAUCCAAUUUGCUUGAUUACUGUAUAUAGCGAAGGAAAUACUUUGAGUCUUUCAAAACUGUUAAAAUCCUUGUGGCCUGUAAAGUUGCUCAUUGUAUCCUUCAUUCUGCUAACGCAGGCUUUUGUCCAUCACAUCUAGCUAAUUCAGUACACACCAGCCUUUGUUGUUCAGUCCAGCACAUCCAUCUCAAGUCAUACAUGUAACUGCUGUAUACAAGAUGAUAAACUUGCCUGUGAGUAAUACGGUAAUUCCCCCCUUACAUUUUUGCACUGGGAAACAAUAUCCCUGUUAAAGUGAUGUUGAGAAAAGAAACUGCUUAAAAAAUUCUUCUCAUGCCACAACUGCAUAACCUCUGAGAAUCUAUUUGCACUCAUUCUUCUUAUAAAAAAAUAUUCAGUGCAAAAAUAGUAUGUAGGCACAUUUGUUCAUUUGGAACUAAAGUUAUUGUACCGCUUCCAUGUAUGAUGGAAAGUAACAUUCUAAUGAAGGUGCAGUUUUGCUAACUUUUAAAGACCGAGAGCUUUGAACAGCUUUUUGUUGUAUGUGAAAAUCUUUAAAACCACUCAUUAAGGGGCAGUUGGAUUUGCUUUUCAGUCCUGUUAUAAGAAACUCAAAUUCUUUAAACAUUCUCCAGAGUUCCUUGGGGAAGAAUUGAGAAAGUCAAUUGCAACCGGAUAUUUAAGUUAUAAAACCAAUGACAGUAGCAACUGCAAGAUUUGGUGUUUAAAAACACAACAUUCCAUGGAAUACAGAUUGUGGAUUCUCAACAGCAUUGCAUGAAGGGGCAAAAAAAUUCUGAUUUUCUUUUACCUGAUGACUCACAAUGGAGUAUUUCCUCUACAAGAAAAAUGAAACUGAUUAGCUGGUAAAAGGAAAAAAAAUUACAUUUUGUGUUAAAGGCUGUUGGCCAGUCUGUUUUACAUGAAGGGCCCAUGAUGUAAGUAAGGCCUUCGUACUUCCAAAGGCAACAUGAAACGUCCAAGAAUAAUAGACUAGAAAUACUUUCAACAGCAACUCUUAACAAGUACAACAAGCUGCUUUAGUUUCCCAUGGUUGGCAUUACUACAGCAGGCUUGGCAUCAGUGGCAUCUUCUUCUUUCCACUGAGAAGUGAUUGUCUUCAACUGUGUAUAGAACUGCACGCCCUGAAGAGGAAGACAAAGUUCAGUACCAAAUUCCAAGAUUAAAACCAGUAUUUACUAGGUAUAUCGAAUCACAGCAACUUUAUUGAGGCAAAAUAAGCUGCUUCUUACAAGUAUGGGCAGUCCCUCAGUUACAAACAACCCAUAGUUAAGAACGAGGGUGAGACAACAGGAAGUGAGAUAAAUUUACCCCUCAAGGGUAAAUUCACUCCUGAAAGAGUUCUCAAGGGGAAAAGGUGUUUCAACUGAAGAUUUCUCACCAAUCCUUGUUUCCACAACAAGCCAAAAUUUUCAAAAUUCAAUUAUCAAAGGGACAGAAAGUGUAGGGGCACAGAUAGCAAAGGAAACACCACAAGGAUGUUAACCCUUACCUAUGCUAUCCAAAGCUUACACACACACAUAUGGCUGGAGUUACACUUUAAAAUGUACCUGUUCUGUCUUAAGAACAAACCUACAGAACAUAUUUUGUUUGUAACUUGGGGACUGCCUGUACCUGAUUUGUCAGAAAUACAACAUGUGGUUAAGCCUAUUCUUAUCUGAGUAUCUCAGACAUGGCUUUUAUAUUAUUUUUUGUCUCUUAAAACAGAUGUUCAUAGAAGCAUACACACAUAUUUAAAAGUAUUACCUGCUUGCCAUAGAAAUUGGUGUCUCCCCUAAAGGAACCACGAGAGCCAGUAAAGGAAAACAUAGGCAAAGGCACUGGAAUCGGAACAUUCACACCAAUCUAAACAAAAGUCAAGAUAACAGUAUUAUUUUACACAAGCAAAUGUUGAAAUAACUGAUCAGUUCAAGGGCACUAAGAGGAGCUGGGCCAAGAUUUAUUUGUCCUGGAUUUAAAUGUGUGCUCAGCUGUGAACUUACUGCAUAAUCACUGAGGCAUUGUGUUAUUUUGCAGCCUAAAACAAAACCAGAAAUGACACUAAUCGUAUCAUUACAUUUAGCUUCCACAAUUUAAAAUGCAAGCACCUGGUAGGAAGAGUCUAAUAAUUAUUGGAUUCUAAGACAAAAAAGUAGCCCUUUCUUUGUUUGGCUGAAAUCCUGGCAAAAAUACUCUGAAGCUGCUUUGGAAGAAAGGAUUAGGCAGAGAAAUCCUAUGGACCAGAGGUAUACCACCACUUUUUCCUGUGUUUUGUCAGAAUUGUGCUUGCAGAGAAAACGUUAUGUAGGGUGGUGAAAUUCCUUAUUUCAUGAAGCUUUAAAAAUAAAUUUAUCUUGCAUUGCUUCCAAUGGGAAAUACACCAGGCCCACUCCAGAAGUGGCAAAGUCUUUCUUCCAUCUUCCUAACGAGCAGCGCAGAAUAAACCCUCUCUCUGUGUGGUAUCAUUCAGUCCAACUUAUUUCACAGAGUAUUGCUGAGGCUAAUAGAUAUAAAGCUGCUCUAUGGAUAUAUUACUGGUUUAUCUAGUCCAGGGUUGGCAGCAGCUGUUAAAAACUGUCCCAGCUUUCUAACUGGACAGCUCAGGGGCUGAAUUUUAAAUUACAUGCACUGAAAAUGGGGGUGAGCAAAAUGCAACCCUAAAUCUGUUUCUGUCCUUUGACCCCUCUAAACUCACCAGACUGACUUCUUUCUCGAUCAAAAUAGCCUAUCUUGAAAAUUUGAGAUGUUAUUUUUUAAACCAAUUAUACAAGGGCAUCCUGCAAGUGAAUAUCAAAAAGUCCUAUUUUUUCUUUUUUCUUUUUUUUUGGGGGGGGGGGCGUGUUGGAGAAGGCGGCUUACACUUUUGGCAUCCUGAAGAAAAGUGGCCUCACACUCAUAACCCUCCACUAAUGUAGAGGAUAUGCUCUGUUGCUGAACCAUGGCUCUCUAUAGUUAAGACUGUACUCCCAAACUACAGUAAUCCCUCACUUAUCCAACAUUUGCUUAGCCAACAUUCUGGAUUAUCCAACGCAGUCAGCCUCCCGGUCGGAUCCACAGCUGUUUCUCUAGGCAGCAAGGACUGAACUUUUUACAGAUUUAAUUUUCGACAACGUCGUUACUGUAUGUUCAUUUUAUGCACUUCUAUCUUUAUUUGUAGUCAAUUUAUUAGUAGCCAAUGUUUCUGUAAUCAAUGUUUUCAAAUUUGUAAAUACAGUAAAUUACUACAUAACA